CCCCCCCAUGGAACCCUCUGCUCACUCCUGCUCCUGUGGCUCCCCUGCCUCCAGCCUGGGGGGUCCCUCCCACAGCGAGGCUGAGGCCGGUGGACCCCUCCCAGCUCCCUCCAAACCUGAGCGGAGCCACAAGCGGCCAGGGGGCCCGGGGCAAGCAGCCCCCCCGGUGCCCUCCUCACCCUAUGGGGGCAAACGGCCUCGGAAGGGAGAAGGGGGGGACGCCCCCCCCAGCGACGGCGAUCAUCUCUUUGCCCAAAAAUGCCAGGAGCUGAGGGUCUUCAUCCAUCCCCUGGCCGAGCUGCUGGAGGGGCUGAAGCGGGGGCGGUAUGACAGAGGGCUGAGCAGCUUCCAGCAGAGCGUGGCCAUGGACCGGAUCCAGCGGAUCAUCGGGGUCCUGCAGAAACCCGAAAUGGGCGCCCGGUACCUGGGGACGCUGCUGCAGGUGGAAGGGAUGCUGAGGGUUUGGUUCCCCCACGUCAACCCCACCCCGGCGCGGGACGCGGCUCCCAUCUCCGCCCUCCGCCGCCGGCCCCCCGCCGGCCCCCCCGGCGCCCCCCGCUGCCGCCGCCCGCCGGAGGACGCUCCCAGCUCCACCCCCGAAGGGGCAGCGCCAGAGGCAUCAGGGACAUCGCGGCAGGAGGCACGGCCCAGGUGCCACCGGCCUGCCCAAACUGGGACCCCCGCCUCACCCCCACCGCCGGAUGUCCCCGCCCCCGGAGCGCUCAGCCCCGCCCCCAGCGCCGCCGGGACUCACGUCCGGUUCCGGGGCGGUGAGAGCAGCAGCGCCCACCGCGACCGGGACGGGGAGACCGGGACCGGCUUUGCUGGGGGCUCCGGGGUCUCUCUGGGGGUCCGUGAGGAGCAGGAGGGGUGA